AUGGCAGAGCUGGAGAUCGGACAGCACUGUGAUGUGGAGCACUGUGGACAGAUAGAUUUUCUUCCUUUUGUCUGUGAUGGCUGCUCAAAAGUAUUUUGUCUCAUACACAGAAGCAGAGACUCUCAUGGCUGUGUUGAGGUUUGUGUGAGUACUGAUCAUGUAAAAUCUGAGGGGAGCACACAGUGCCCAUGUACCUAUAAAGGCUGCAGUGACAAGGAGUUAGUCCAAGUUCUGUGCCCGUUCUGUGAGAAACACUUCUGUUUCAGACAUCGCCAUCAGUCUGAUCAUGAGUGUGAUAAGCUUGAAGCACCCAAGCACCGAAUGUCUGCAACACAACAGUUGGUAAAAGAGAUUGUCGAUUCUAAAAAAUCUGCCCCUCCCAGCAAAGGGAGAAAGGGAGCAAAAAACAGCGAGACUGCAGCAAAAGUUGCACUG